AUGCUGAAAAAGAGUUUGCAAGGUAUUAAUAGGCAAUACAGUUGCGGAGAGGGUGGUAUUGGCCAUGCAAUGGCUGACGAAUUUCUCAUCAAAGGUACUCCAGUUUUGGUCCACGAGUAGCCUCAUUGGCACACUUUCUUCAUAACUGACGCAUCAAGGUUACACGGUCAUAACGACUCUGCUAUCCCACGAAUCUCGCAAUCAUUUGACGGAUGCUGGAAUAAAUGUUUUCACGGCCGACGUCACUAAGGACGAGGACACAAUCGCUUUGCGUGACGAAGUGAUCAAGAUCACCGGUGGGGGUUUGGAUGUCCUUGUGAAUAACGCGUAG